GGGCGGAGGCCGCCCGGUCCCCGCCUCCCCGCAGCGGGAGGCUGUGUGUGGCAGCGGCUGCCCGGCGAUGCGGCUGCCCGGCGGGACGCCGCCGGCCCGCUUCUUUCUCGCCUUCUUCGUCUGGCGGCUGGUGCCGCGCCGGGAGGCCGCAGGAACGGAGGAAGUGGUCUUUGGGCAGGUUGGAGGAAGCAUCCUCCUCUUAUGCCGGAAUGUCUCCGAAGAAGCCGCCGAGGUGGUCUGGUUUCAAGGGGAUCCCCAGGCGUUCCCCCCGCUCUUCUCCUCGAGGGUGACGUUCCCCCCGGACGUCCGUUUCUCCCUGGUUGGCAACAGCUCCCUCCGCAUCACCCAGCUGCGUCUGCAGGACGAAGGCAACUACACCUGCAAGGAAGUGCUGAACAAGACGGACCACGAGCACAGGGUCCAGCUCCUGGUAGGCAAAACCCCUUCCCUGGAAACAGAGCCUCCAAAGACAUGCUUUGUGGGUGACAGCGUGACUCUGACCUGCCGUGUGUCCGAGAGCACCCCUGAAGCCAGGCUCACCUGGCUGCGAGGCAUCGCCCAGCCUGAGGUGGAGAUCCAGCCUGGAGGGAGGUACCUGAUCACCCAGGAGGGCAACGUGUCCCAGCUCACCAUCCAGAACUGCUCCCAGGGCACUGACGGGGGCUGCUACGUCUGCAAGGCACAGAACCCCCUGGGGCUGAGGGAGCUGUUUGUCUGCCUGACCGUGAAGCAGCCAGUGAACAUUGUAGGGGUUGUGGGUGCAGUGGUGGUCCUGUCCCUGCUGGCUGUUCUCACCAUCACUGGGCUUGUCCUGUACUACAAUCCCCUCCUGUGCCUGAGAGGUGCUGCAUUCAGGAGCCAGGACUCAGGUGAUGUCUUAGUGCUGGUGGACUCAGAAGAUGAUGAUGAGGGGAAGGAAGAAGAGGAGACGCUGAGCAGCACCAAACAGGAGGUGAUGGCGCUGGUCAAUGGGAGCAGCAUCCAGGCUGCUUACCAAAACUGCCUUACAGGUGACGAUGGUGAGCAGCACGGCGGGGUCUCUCUGUGGGAAACAAGGGGAGAAGAGAUGCAAGGUUCAUAGCUUCCAUCCCUCCAUGGGGAAGCACGUGGAGCUCCAGCUGGAAACCUGGCAUCCAGCACAUCCUCCUUGCUGUGUGGCUGAGCACAGGCCACUGGUGUCUUGCAGCAGCUGGUUCCAUUGGAGCACUCCUCCUCUGCUCGGCUGUUCCCCAGCUUUUACUCUGUCCUUCCCCAGCCAUGUUUUCCUGUUUCCUCUCUCCUCCCUUUGUGGUUCCUCUUGAUUUCAGGUGUCCCUUUUAACAAGGUGGCACCCAAUGCAGGCAGAGCUUGGGAGGUGCGUCCCAGUAGCCCGCUCAUCUUGAUGCCUGUGAUAGACUCAAAUGCUGGUGCUGGGGUUGUGGGGAGUGGGAUGGAGAAUGUCACUAUGGGGACACAGUGGUCCCAGGGUAAUGGAGAGCACAACUGGUGCAUGGGCAGGACACAGGCCAUGCUGACUCUAGGAGGGCUUCAUUGUUUUUUUUUUUGUUAUAAAUCUUUUUUUCCCCCCAAGACCAUCUGAAAUGUUGCUCCAUAUCUAAAAUAUCUAAAGUCUGGAGUUAAUGGGUA